GACGGACCUGGGGCCGGAAGUGACGGACCGGCGAAAGCGGCCGCAUCCGGCGCCGGCGUCGCAGGCUCUUGCUCCGCGCCAUGGCCGCGCUCGGCCGGCAGGUCAUUGAUUGGCACCGCCUGAUCCCCCUCACCUGGGCCUGUGUGAUCAGGCAGACUCCCCAUCUUGGAGAACAGAAAAGGACAACUGUCUCUUUGUUGCGUAAACUUACUACAGCGUCCGGUGGAGGGGGCCUUGAGGAGUUAUCCUGUGUUGGACCCAAAAAGUAUGUGCAGGAACCAGAGUGCAGGACAAAUCUUGUUCAGUGCCUCCCCGAGAAGCAGAGGACUCCUGUGGAUCGAGUGUCCUUGGAACUGGAGAAGGUCAUCAGUUCCCUCUCGGACAUGGGUUUCAGUGAUGCUCGUAUUAAUGAACUGCUCAGUAUGCAACCAGGUGCCAAACCUCAAAAAUUGCUGGACAUCAUUUCGGAAUUUAUACUCUUAGGUCUGAAUCCAGAGCCCGUGUAUGUGGCCUUGAAGAAAAGUCCCCAAUUACUGAAACUGCCUAUAAUGCAGAUAAAGAAGCGCUCCAGUUACCUGCGAAAACUUGGGCUUGGAGAAGGGAAACUAAAGAGGGUGCUUCACUGUUGCCCUGAAAUUUUCACCAUGCGUCAGCGGGACAUUGAUGACAUUGUUAGGGUCCUCAAGGAGAAAUGCCUUUUCACGGUACAGCAAGUAAUGGAGAUUUUGCACAGGUGCCCCUAUGUUCUUCUGGAGGACCCUGAUGAAUUGGAAUACAAAUUUCAGUAUGCAUAUUUUAGGAUGGGAAUUAAGCAUCUGGACAUGGUAAGGACUGAGUUCUUGCAGUACUCAGUAACCAAGAUUAAGCAGAGACACAUUUACCUGGAGCGCCUAGGACGGUACCAAACCCCUGAUAAGAAGGGGCAGACGCAGAUCCCUAACCCUUUAAUCAAGGACAUUCUCAGAGUUUCAGAAGCCGAGUUUUUGGCCAGGACAGCCUGUUCUUCUGCGGAGGAGUUUGAGGUUUUUAAGAAGCUCUUGGCUCGGGAGGAGGAAGAGGAUACUGAGAGCGGCACAUCUGAUGAUGAAAGGGCAAGCCUGGAAGAGGAGGAGGAAGAGGAGGAGCAGCCGUGAUGGGAGCCCUGGAAUGAACAGGGCCUGUAGACACCCAAGAACAUUUUCAUUUUCUCAAAGCUUUUGGGAGCUUCACUUGAAUCUUUUCAAGUUAUUUUUCAUUCUAAAACUAACCUUUUGAUGAAAAAAUUAUUACAAAGUUCCUGAGAAGCAAACAGGUCAAACCAAAUAGGAGACACAUUCAUGUGAUCUCUUGUCAAGUGCCUGUGGGGAGGGUCCUGUUCCAUCCUAAAUAAAAGACUUACUUUGAGCGGCUAAAA